AUGUCAUAUUCACAAAUUGAUCCAUAUUCAAUGAUGAUUGUUUCAAACUACUUUGCUACAAUUGAUGACUUUAAAAAUAUCCAAAUGGUAAACAAAAAAUAUUCAAAUUUAAUGUCAAAAUUUCAUUAUAACCCAGUUUCAUUAACAAUAAAAACAAAAAAGUAUUUUCCUAACCUUCAAACUCUCUGUUUGUACAAUAGAAAAGAUAAAUUAUUUAAUGACAAAAGAAUUAAAACAAUAAAGAUAUGUUACGAAGUAUCAUAUGAAGAAUAUAAUAGGAAAGUAAAAGACAAUGUUCAUUAUUGUCAUGUUUAUUAUUCAUCAAGAGACCUUGAUACUUUUGGUAAGAACAUACCAAAAAAAGUAUGUGAAAUAAAAGAGUAUUGUUUUUGUGGAUAUGAUUUAAAAAACAGUCAUUUGAUUAUACCAACAAAUAUAACUUCAUUAAAAACAAACAGUUUUUCAGAUUGUUUAAAUUUAACUCAUAUCUCAAUACCAUCUUCUGUUGUAUCAAUUGGACGACAAUGUUUUAUUAAUUGUUUUGACUUAGAAUCUAUUUUAUUACCCUCAUCAGUAUCUUCUUUAGGAGCUGAUUGUUUUUCUGAUUGUUAUAAUCUUACUGGAGUAACUAUUUCAUCAUCUAUAGAUCGACUUGGACCAUACAUAUUUUGGGAAUGUAAUAACUUAAAAAAAUUGGAAAUUCCUAAUGUCCUAAUAACAUUAAAUCAAAAAGUAUUAUUUGGAGAUAUUGUGUUAAAUGGACUUUUACUUCCUAGUUCAGUUAAAUACCUAAACAAACAGAAUUUUGUUACUUGUACUUCACUAACUUCUUUUAAAAUUCCAAAUUCAUUUACAGGAAUUGGUGCCCAUUGUUUUUCAGAUUGUACAAAUUUAACUCAGUUAUCAAUCCCUUCUACUAUUUGUUAUUUUGGUCAGUCAUGUUUUAAAGGAUGCUCUCCUCAAUUAAAAAUUAUUGGAAAUGUUCCAAAAGACCAAUUUAUUUAA